CGCGCCCUGAGCGUCGUCAUCUACCGGGAGAGGCGAAGGGCAUCCGGGAUACAGCCGAGUGUGGAUCCGUUGAGACACUUCUGGAGUGGACGUUUGAUUCAGCCCUUCCUGUCCUGGGACCAACCCGGGUGGAGUUUGAUUUCCUGCCGUCAUUGUGAGGCUGAGGAGGUCCGGCUUGUCGGACUGACCACCACCACCGUGUGUGUGAAACUUUAAGGACUGCUCAUGCACCGUUUAAGGACUUGUGCGGCGCGGUUGCGUCCGCUCACUGCCUCACAGGCAGCUCAGACUCUCGGCCCGCAGCGGCCAACCACAGGCAUCUCCACAGGCGCCACAAGGACGUUUCAGCCAAUCAAGUGCUACUCGGCGCCUGUGGCUUCGGAGCCGUUCCUGAAUGGGACGAGCUCCAAUUACGUUGAGGAGAUGUACUACGCCUGGCUGGAGAAUCCCAAAAGUGUUCACAAGUCCUGGGAUGUGUUUUUCCGGAACGCCAACGCCGGCGCCCCCCCCGGCGCCGCAUACCAGUCUCCUCUGGGUCUGUCUGCGGCUUCGGGCCUCGUCGCCCCUCAGCUGUCCUCGCUGGUAGGAGCUCAGCCCAACGUGGAGAAGCUGGUGGAGGAUCACCUGGCUGUGCAGUCACUCAUCAGAGCCUACCAGAUCCGAGGGCACCAUGUGGCCCAGUUGGACCCCCUCGGCAUCAUGGACGCUGAUCUGGACUCGUGUGUCCCCACUGACAUUAUCACCUCCUCCGACAAGCUGGGUUUCUACGGUCUGGACGAGUCGGACCUGGACAAGGUUUUCAGGCUGCCCACCACCACCUUCAUCGGGGGCUCCGAGACCGCGUUGCCUCUGAAGGAGAUCAUCCGCCGCCUAGAGAUGGCGUACUGCCAGCACAUCGGUGUGGAGUUCAUGUUCAUCAACGACCUGGAGCAGUGUCAGUGGAUCCGACAGAAGUUCGAGACCCCCGGCGUGAUGCAGUUCACUCUGGAGGAGAAGAGGACGCUGCUGGCUCGCAUGAUCCGCUCCACCAGGUUUGAGGAGUUCCUGCAGAAGAAGUGGUCUGCAGAGAAACGCUUCGGACUGGAGGGAUGCGAGUCUCUGAUCCCGGCCCUGAAAACCAUCAUCGAUAAGUCCUCUGAGAACGGCGUGGAGAACGUCAUCAUGGGCAUGCCUCACAGGGGGCGACUCAACGUUUUGGCCAACGUGAUCCGUAAAGAGCUGGAGCAGAUCUUCUGUCAGUUCGACUCCAAGCUGGAAGCUGCAGAUGAGGGUUCCGGAGAUGUCAAGUACCACCUGGGAAUGUACCAUCGGCGUAUCAACCGCGUGACGGACCGGAACAUCACCCUGUCUCUGGUGGCCAACCCGUCCCACCUGGAGGCCGUGGACCCCGUGGUUCAGGGGAAGACCAAAGCUGAGCAGUUCUACUGUGGAGACAAUGACGGGAACAGAGUGAUGUCCAUCCUGCUGCACGGAGACGCAGCGUUCGCAGGUCAGGGGAUCGUCUAUGAGACCUUCCACCUGUCGGACCUGCCGUCCUACACCACGCAUGGCACCGUGCACGUGGUCGCCAACAACCAGAUCGGCUUCACCACAGAUCCUCGCAUGGCGCGCUCGUCCCCGUACCCGACCGACGUCGCCCGGGUCGUCAACGCACCCAUCUUCCACGUCAACGCCGACGACCCCGAAGCCGUCAUCUACGUCUGCAAGGUGGCGGCGGAGUGGAGGGCCACGUUCCACAAGGACGUGGUGGUGGACCUGGUGUGUUACCGGCGGAUGGGCCACAACGAGAUGGACGAGCCGAUGUUCACGCAGCCGCUGAUGUACAAACAGAUCAAGAAGCAGAAGCCGGUUCUGCAGAAAUACGCUGAGAAGCUGAUCGCAGAGGGAGCCGUGAGCAGGCAGGAGUACGAGGAGGAGAUCGCCAAGUAUGAUAAGAUCUGCGAGGAGGCGUACGCUCGCUCCAAAGACGAGAAGAUCCUCCACAUCAAGCACUGGCUGGACUCGCCGUGGCCCGGCUUUUUCACGCUGGACGGUCAGCCCAAGUCCAUGAGCUGCCCCUCCACCGGUCUGUCAGAGGAGAACUUGAACCACAUCGGACAAGUGGCCUCGUCGGUCCCCGUGGAGGACUUCACCAUCCACGGAGGUCUGAGUCGAAUCCUGAAGGGCCGAGCGGAGAUGGUUAAGAACCGGAUGGUGGACUGGGCUCUGGGAGAGUACAUGGCCUUCGGGUCGCUGCUGAAAGAGGGAAUCCACGUCAGACUGUCGGGUCAGGACGUAGAGAGAGGAACCUUCAGCCACCGUCACCACGUCCUUCACGACCAGAACGUGGACAAGAGGACCUGCAUCCCCAUGAACCACGUGUCCCCCGACCAGGCGCCGUACACCGUCUGCAACAGCUCGCUGUCUGAGUACGGCGUCCUGGGCUUCGAGCUGGGCUUCGCCAUGGCCAGUCCCAACGCUCUGAUCCUGUGGGAGGCUCAGUUCGGAGACUUCCACAACACGGCACAGUGCAUCAUCGACCAGUUCAUCUGUCCCGGCCAGGCCAAGUGGGUCCGCCAGAAUGGCAUCGUGCUGCUGCUGCCGCACGGCAUGGAGGGCAUGGGUCCAGAACAUUCUUCAGCCCGUCCAGAGAGGUUCCUCCAGAUGUGCAACGACGACCCGGAUGUCAUGCCUAACAUCACGGAGGACUUUGCAACGCGUCAGCUCUACGACUGUAACUGGAUCGUUGUGAACUGUUCGUCUCCUGGAAACUAUUUCCACGUCCUGAGGAGACAGAUCCUGCUGCCGUUCAGGAAGCCUCUGAUCGUCUUCACUCCCAAAUCUCUGUUGCGCCACCCGGAGGCCCGAUCCAGCUUUGACGAGAUGCUGCCUGGAACUCACUUCCAGCGGCUGAUCCCAGACGGAGGUCCGGCGGCCGAGCAUCCAGAGGAGGUGAAGCGCCUGAUCUUCUGCACCGGAAAGGUUUACUACGAGCUGACCAAAGAGAGGAAGAACAGAGGCAUGGAGGGAACCGUGGCCAUCUCUCGCAUCGAGCAGCUCUCCCCGUUCCCGUUCGACCAGGUGAAGGCGGAGUCAGAGCGUUUCUGCAACGCCGACUUGGUCUGGUGUCAGGAGGAGCACAAGAACCAGGGUUACUAUGACUACGUCAAGCCUCGCAUCAGGACCACCACCAACAGAGCCAAGCCUGUCUGGUACGCCGGCAGAGACCCGGCUGCUGCUCCGGCGACAGGAAACAAGAACACACACCUGAUGGAGCUGCGCCGCUUCCUGGACACCGCUUUCGGCCUGGAUGCGUUCAAAGACGAGCAGUAAACCUGAAACCUGCAGCACCUGGAACAGACCCUCACCUGGACACGCACACACACACACACACAGACAGCAAGCUGAACUGCUAAAGACACAGAACGAGACAGAAUAAGAUGGAGGAUGAAACAACCGACUGGUCUAUCAACUGGGCUUUAUCAGAUGUUCCUGCAGAUGUUUGCAUUAAAAUCUCCUGCCUCAAGCUCAACUUCCAGCUCUGUUUCCUCCGCGUGUUGCUCUGGCUCCGCCUCCUUCACAGCUUCCUCCCUGUGUUGCUCUGACUCCGCCUCCUUCACGCGUUCCACCUCUUUCAGCAGAACUUUUUAAGCUGAACCUUAAAUUGACAGAAAUUUGAGUGAAGUUUGUUUGGGAAAGCUGCAGGAGAGGCAACAUGAGGAGGUUUCUGUGUUCCAGGCGGCGGAGUCGAGCCAGGAACUGAUCUCACACACACACACACAUGCACACACCAUUCUCCGUCCACACGCACGCACACACACACUCCAGCUGACACUCUGGAGAAGCGGUGGUUCAGAUUACAGAGUAGUCUGCCUUCAUCAUCGUCAUGGUCACUCCCCAGCACUCAUUCUUAGGAUCCUUUCUUCUUCUCCUUCUCCUCCUCUUCCUCAUUGGCCCCCUGAACUCCUGAGAAGCUGCAGGAAACUUUUUAUUUAGCUUUUAAAAACAGCUCGUUAGCAACAUUAGCAUGGUUAGCGCUCUGCACCCAGAGGAGGAGGAAUCAGGCAGCAGGUGGAGGUUUUCUCCUUGAUUUUGAGUUUUUUUCCUGCGCAUUUGCUUAUUAAGGAAAGUCCAAAAUUGGUUGCCAAGGCAACGCCUAACGCUGAGAUUUUUAAUGGUCUUUUACUUGAAGGCUACAUGGGAAAUGAACUGGGACCUUAAACGACCACAUGCACAGCUGAUGAGUCGUUAAGCCCCUCCCCCUUCAGGCGAGCGUUCGUGUCGUGCCAAAACGUGCCGCCGCGUCUCAGAUUUUAGUUUGUUCUGGUGUCGCAGCUGAACGGUGGACAGGAAGACGUCGGCUGCUGCUGCUCUGAGCUUCGCUCAAAGAAAAUCACUUAUUUAUUUUCAUAUUAGGGGAUUGAAGUCGUCUUCUGUUAUUUUUGCUUCAUUCAAUAAAGAUUCUGUACGAACC